AUGACUCACGGGCUGGGUGGUGUUCGCCACUGUUGGCUCCCUGAGUUUGCGGAGCGGUUCCAGCGAGCCGGUGAUGGACUACCCCGGCAAGAGUCAAACCCGACCCUUCGACAAGCCGACUACUACGAUGCGUUCAAUUUUGCAGCCUCACUCCAAAGUGUGGAUGAUACGCGCAUAGUAUAUUGGGGCACGAGCUUCUCCGGAGGCAAUUUUCUAUAUGCAGCAGCUGUGGACAAACGAAUCAAAGCUGCAAUCGCACAGUGUCCUGCAGUCUCUGGAGAGACGCGGUCUUUGGCCUUUAAAGACCGCAUCUCGAGCAUCUUGAAAGAGCGUUCUCGUAUCACAGCUGGAUUAAAACCAGAACGGAUUCCACUGAUCGCGGAAAGUUUAGAAGGAGCGGAGUCUGGCAAUACUACUGCCAUGUUCCACGGUGUGCACGCUUUCGAGACAGUACGCGGUUCAUACAACUGUGGUGGUCUUUGGGAAAAUUCUGUCACGGUACAGAUACGGCUCAAUAUGCUUGAAUUCGAAGGAAAGGGCAUGCUGCAUCGUAUAUCGCCGACUCCGCUCCUGAUGGUUGUUCCUGGUAAUGAUGUCCUUGUUACCACAGCAUCUCAACUGGCUGCCUAUGAAAAUGCCAGGAAACCAAAGCAGCUCUUUUAUAUUGAUGGCGCCGGGCAUUUUGAUAUCUACACUGGGGAUUGGUUUGAACAGAACAUCAAAGGACAGAUUGAGUUUGUAAAAGAAUGGCUAGGCUCCCAAGACAUGACAGGUGCAGCCAUUUUAGUUAGAUUACCAGACCUUGUCAUGUAG